UCUUCCUCCCGCUGAAAUGUAGGAGCUCAGAUGCAGGACAAUGGCCACAUUAAAAUCGUCCUCCUGGGGAAAACCGGAGUUGGGAAAAGCUCAUCAGGAAACACCAUACUGGGAGAAAACAGAUUCACGUGUGGAAGAAGCCUGUCUGCUAUCACAGAUACAUCUAGCAUUGAGAAAUCAGUCAUUAAUGGCAGAAAUGUGUCUGUCGUCGACACUCCUGGGUUCUUUUCUACUAAUCUUCCUAAAGAGCAGCUGGCGAAGGAGUUUGCGAGAAGUGUUCAUCACACUGCUCCAGGAGUUCAUGCUUUCUUGUUUGUUGUGCCGUACGGCAGGUUCACAAAGCAGGAGGAGGACAUACUGAAGAAAGUGCAGAAGGUUUUUGGUAAAGAUGUGUUGAAGCAUGUGAUAAUCCUCUUCACAUAUGGAGAUGAAUGUAACAGUGAGAAAAUUCAGAAAGAGAUAGCUGAGAAUAAAGUUGUCAAUAGAGUCAUAAAGAAAUGUAGAGAUUAUCAUGUCUUCAAUAACAGAGAUCUGGAUGACAGACAGCAGGUCAGUGAUCUACUAGAGAAGAUUGACUCAAUGGUGGAGAAGAAAGGGUUCUACACAAGUGAGAUGUAUGAAAAGGCACAAACCUGCACAUUUGAAAGGUUUUGGGAAAAAUUCAAGGUAUUUUUCAUUGUUCUCAUUGAUAUCCUCUUGGGAUUAACAAAACUUAUGAUAUCCAUGUCAGAAUUUGUGGAUCAGCCUUUGUUUGCGUUUGAUUUUUCUUGUAUAUAA